ACGCGCGAGGUCGGACACAGCAACUCAGCCGAGCAUCUUCAACAACACCAUCUCCCAGCGAUCAUCUUCCCAUCGCCCAUGGACUGAACUCUCCCGCCAUGACAUCCCUCUUCGCAGGUCUCUUCAGCAAGGCUCCAUCAGUGCCAGAGAAUACGCCCUUCUUCCCACACUCCAUCGAGGACAACCCGUAUCGGUGCAAGAAAACAUGGCCACCCGAAUUCGCCAAGCUCUCCCAGAAGCAUCAAUUCCGACUCGAGCGCCGUUAUAGACGCCGCGCACAGCUGAAGUGGGCACGGCCGAACUGGACGAAAGGCGUCAAGCUCGCGCAAUGGGGCAGCAUCGUCUUCGUUUGCGUCUACGGCGUUCUCUACCUUGAUGUCGGGGAUGGCAAGACCCCCUUCGAUGGUAUACGUCAAGCAUACAAGGAGCAGUUCGGAGCUCAUACUCCUGCUGCUGACAACAGCCCGCAACGGCCAUCUUGAGACACAGCGAAACCUACAUGCUCAAUACCACUUUCCUCCUCCAGAUCUGGACAUCGGCCACUGCUCGGUGCCAGCCGGAGCCCCAGCACCGCUUCGUCAUGAAGCGACUCAAGGUCGGGCGAGAAUGAAGGU